AUGGCUGAUUCUGACGAUGACUCUGAGCUUCGACGGACCAGGGAUAAAUUUCGUCGGGAAAGAAGUGACGUCGACGGCCGAAGAGAAAAACGGGAACCAUUUGACGAGCGUGUGGGUGCUGGUCAUUCAAAUGCUAGUAGGUCGCGCCUAGAUCGUCGGCUACCGUCUGAUUAUCGACCCUUCGGUGGGUCUCGUGACAGACCCCAAUUCGGAGGCGAUUUACCUGCCAAACGGCCUCGACGUGAUUGGAAUGAUGAUCACCGCCCAUCUUAUCGUUCCAGAGAUGUUAAAAAGGACUUCAUUGAUGAGGAAACAAACUACAGGCCUCCGCUCAUGCCUUUUAAGCGGUUUCUGGAACCUUUGGACGACUUCAUUACGGAUGAAGAAGCGCUAGCAAAGUACAAAGAAUACAGGGAAUCCUUUAACAAGCGUUAUAUAGAAGAAUUCUUCGAGGCCCAUAAGGACGAGGAAUGGCUUAGAGAGAAAUACCACCCAGAUUUCAUGGAUAAUACCCGCGAGCAGAUCGCCAAAAAUAUUCGACAGAGACUCGAUGUUUUCCUAGAUUUGUUCGACAAGGGGAUGGUUGAUAACCAGUCCGUUGAGGUCGAAAACUCUCAGAACCUAAUCAAGCUCAUGGACGCAGUUGUAAUCAAGUUAAACGGAGGAACGGAUGAGGAUCUUGCCAUUUUGGAUGAACCGGCUGUCAAAAUUGGAGAAGAUAAAGUUGAUCACAGAAGUCAUAAAAAAGAGUCUCACCGCGAUCACAGUAGUAUUAAGAGUGAGGAAGGCGAGGAUUCUGAUUUUGAAUCGGAUGAAGAAUCAAAUGCGCGAAAAUCUUGUGCAAAGCCCAUCCCAUCCCCACAUCCAAAAAAUUCGCCGAAGAAUGAAGUCCAGGCACCUGGCAAUGACUGGACAGGUGUGAGCAGUGAGAGCGAACCUGAGGAGAAGUCAAAAGUGGAGGAACCCACGCAUGAUGACGAAGAAGACUACGGAGGAGAUGCAAGAGAAUCCGAUACCGAAGUAUUCAAAAAGGAUGAAAUUGAGAAGUCUAAGUUAUCUCCUCUUUCACUCACUAAAUCGCCGGAUAGAGAUGCGAAAAAUCAUGAUGUAAAAUCCGAUGAAUCAGAAGAUCCCGUUCAAGGGCAGUCGAAAUCUGAUGAGCCGCUAUUACAAAAUGUUGACUCCGGAGCUGAGGUUCCUGCGCCAGCGGUUACAGAUUAUCCAAUGGAAGACUUUCCUGUCACCGAAUGUGGUGUAGAUUCAUCCGUUGUUGUUCCUUCUCCUGAACAGAAUGGGUUAAAGUCUGCGUUACCAAGACGUGAUCUUCACAAGACUUCGUCUAUAUUUUUUCGAUGUUUACCUCCGACAAUUACAAGAAAGGAACUGGAAGAUAUUUGUUCAUCUCAGCCAGGUUUCAUUCGGCUAGCAAUAUACGAUCCCAUGCCGGAGCGUCGGUUUACCCGCCAUGCCUGGGCGACUUAUAAGCCCAACGUUAAUAUCAAGAAAAUCUGCUGGGCACUGAAUACGAAUCCCUUGCUACGAGAAAAGUGGCAGCAAGGGAGUGGAAACAAUUCAAGUGAUCUCUGCGCCACUGUUAAUCGGGAUUUGGCUCAACGUGUUCGCCCCGUGGCUGCCGCGCUAACACGACAUAGGCCAGUGAUGCGCAAUGAUUUGCGUAUCGCCUCACGUCUCAUUGCUCAACUUGAUGCAAAGCACAGUCUCUGGUCACUUCCUGGAGAGGAGGACAAUGAAGCCGGAGGGACUGCGGUUACCAACGCUUGCCCUGUUCCUGGCUUGCCAGGAAUAUUUUCCGCAAACCCUCUAAUGCGAAACUUGACGGACUUCCUCGUUGACGAGACUGCUUCAGAAGAAGAGGCCAUGCUAAGCAAUAAUUCGAAGGGACGGAGUAACGCUGACUCCAAUGGGGAUAAGCUUGCCUCGGCGGUUCCUCUAGACACUGACCCUUCUCUCCUGCGUGCUCUUGAUCGACUCAUCAUCUAUCUGCGCAUUGUUUAUUCUAUCGACUACUAUUCUGCAACUAUGUACCAAUUGGAGGACUUGAUGCCCCAUCGCUGUGGAAUUUUCCACGCACGCGGCACUUUAGACACUCGUGGCCCCACCCCUCCUACCGUUACUCAGCGCGAGAUCAGCGAUUACAUCAGUGUAUUUAACGAAAAGAUGGCCAGUUUACUUGAAGUCCCCCGUGACUUGACUGAUGAGGAAAUCGCUGCCCUCGGUGCACGAGAUCCAGAAAAGGCCGCCGAGGACUUUAUUGAGGCAAACAUUCAAAAGCGCACAAGCAAAAAGAAACCGUAUAAAGUCGUAUGGGUGUGCCCGUUAUCGGAUAAGAAGUUCCGUGAACCUGUUUUUGUUCGGAAGCAUAUUCUUAACAAGCAUCUCGAAAAGGUGGAAGCUGCGAAGAAGGAUAAUGUAAGUUACUGUUUCGAAUAUCUAAAUUUGCUCCCACUUUUGCCUAAUCAAUGGAGGCAUUGGCUUGCUGUUUUCUUUAACAACUUUUUGCGGGAUCCCCGACGACCUUCGCUACCUGAGGCUCCGCGUCAUCUCAUCCAGCGAUACUAUCCUCCACCCCAAACUGGCGGUGGUGGACCGGGUGAAGUUGGAGAUCGCGCUGUUGGCAUGCGUGGCCGCAAUCUUGGUGGGUAUCGUGCCGGUAGCGGUGGCGGUUAUCGAGGUGGCGGUGGUGGCUAUCGUAACAAUCCGGUGGCAUAUGGACGUCGUGAGUUUUACGGAGGCGAUGGGGGAGGAGGCAGUCACCAAGGCCUGGCAGCAGCGGCUGCUGCAGCAGCAGCCGCCGCUCUCUAUCCCAACUCAGCUCCCACGGCGGAUCUGUAUGCUCUGGCUGCCCUUGGUGGGGGUGGACGUGGUGGAAGUCCCCGAGGUGGUGGAGAUUAUGGUGGCAGGUUCAAUGAAUACAAUAGUCGCAAGAGACCCUACCCAGGGGACAGACACAGGCCUGGUGGUCGGAGCGUCAUCUCCUACAACGAUUUGGACGACCCCGGGAAUGAUGGUUUCUAG